AUGUCCUUCCUCAAGAGCUAUCUGGGCUACGGAGGCAGCCAGGCUUCCAACGAGAAGGAGGCCGUCAGGGCCCUCCCAGCCUCAUGGUACACGUCCCAGGAGAUGUACGAGCUUGAGCGUCGGGCCAUCUUCUCCAAGAAGUGGCUCUUCACCACGCACAAGGCGCGCAUCCCCGACUCGGGAGACUGGUUGCGGUACGAGGUGGCAGGCUUCGAGUUCGUCAUCUGCAAGGACAACAAGGGCAAGAUCAACGCCUUCCACAACGUGUGCCGCCACCGUGCCUUCCCCAUCGUGACGGAGGAGCAGGGCCACAGCCUCGUCUUCUCGUGCAAGUACCACGGCUGGUCCUACGGCCUGAGCGGCAACCUGGCCAAGGCCCCCGGGUACCAGGACCUCCCCGGCUUCGACAAGACCAAGAACAGCCUGCUGCCCAUCCACGUCCGUGUCGACCGCAACGGCUUCAUCUGGGUCAACAUGGACGGCAAGGAGACGCCCGAGGUCUCCUGGGAGCAGGAUUUUGCCGGCGUCGACGAGCAGCCCCGCUUCGACAAGUACACGUUCGACGACUACGUCUUCGACCACUCCUGGGAGAUGGAAGGCCCGUACAACUGGAAGAUCCUCGCAGACAACUACAACGAGUGCUACCACUGCAAGACGUCCCACCCGGACAUCCCUGCCAUCGCCGACCUCAGCAGCUACUACGGCCCUCAGCUGUCCAUCAUGAAGUACGAAGUCUUCCGCAACAAGAACUCGAGCGAUGAGGACUUCAACAUCAUCAGCGACAUGUACAAGCGCAUCAUGUCCGAGGACAAGUACCUCUGCUCCAACGCCCAGAAGAACCUCGACAUAGGCGUCUUCGUCAACGGCGAGAUGCACCCCACCAUGGAGCAGGGGCCGCUGUACUUCCAGAAGCUCGUCCGCGAGAUCGUCACAGAGCACCACCAGCGGGAGACAAAGGCCGACUGCGAGAUCUGGCCAUCCCGCCAGACCCUCCCCAACGCCGCCAACUCGGCUGUCAGCGAGAAGGACGUCAACUUCUGCUCCCGUGUCGACUGCUGCAGCAAGACUCCCAACAAGGAGGCCCUGGCCUUUUAA